GAUAUUUACUAAAGUAAGUAUUAAGGAUUAGAGAUAUGAACGUUCCCACGACACUCGAGUAUAUGUACGUAACCGGAACGAUCCAGAUUGAUAUCUUGCCAAGAACUGUCACUCCAACACCAUUCCCUACAAGCUCUUUACUAAAGAUUAGACAUGGAUUAGAGACAUGUACCACAGAACAGUGGUAAGAGUUUUUACUUUUUGAAUUUUGAUUUGUGGCGUUACUGCAGAGGACCAUCGAUAUAUAUGUAUAUGGAACAAAGCAUAUAUUUAUGUACAUAAGUAUGUAUGUUUGGUUUUUAUUCUAACUUUUUUCAUCUAACAGAACCGCUGCCCGAGCGCCCAUUAGAAGGACCUGGAGCUAAAGUAGACAUAUCCAUACCUACGGAGUGUUUAGGUAGUGUGGCGGACUUUGUUAAUGACUCCAUCGGCUACCCAGACACAGAAACACUCAAUGAUAAUGCUCAUCGUGUAGAUAGUGUUCCAGAUCACAAUCGAGAUUAUUAUACGAAAGUUCCGUUCUUUAGUAAGGAUAUGAAUGGUACGGCUCCAAAACCACCACCACGAGCGCAACGAAUCGCACGUAAACAAAACUUACAAAACCGCCAACAACAACAGUUGCAACUACAAAAUCAACAACCACAAAUUAACAACGAAGCUGACACAGCGGAGCCUGUUGAUGGUACCAAAAAGAAUCACGGCCACGAAAAAGGUGAUGUACCAAAUUUGCAACAAAAUUGCCAUUUGUCUGUUAGUAAUACUAUGUCGGCACAUAAUAUACCAGAAUUAAGCGACUUGCUUGAGUUUAAUAGUAGUAAUCACUCAACUGCUAAAUCGGAGGAGCUGAACAGGAUCCCCAUGCUUACGCUUCUGGAUUCCAACAUCGCCAACGCAUCAGGUGAACUUAAAGACGCGCCAAUCGUCGCUUCGACAUCGAAUGCUGCGGCGACGUUGUCGUCAGAAAUUGGUUCUGGCGGUAGUCUGCCCCUUAUCACUGAACUCAAUUUGAGCACCAACAGUAGUGUAGCUUUGAAUGGUGUGGGAAAUAACUUUAGUUCAAAUCAAUUGUCACGGCAAAUUACAACACCAUCGCCAAAUGCUCUAAGCGACGAUAGUCACUGCAGUAGUCUAAGCAAUGAUAGCUUUGACGAUGAUGGCCAAAAUGAAUAUAACGGUAUAAACAUGUCAGAUGUUGGUAAUGUUGAUGCAGAAUUAGAUGGAAACUCAGGUGAUCAAAGUUUGCCAUGUCUAAGUGUUUUUGGACGACAGAGUCCAGGCAAUGACUCGAGCUUGACUACUGUAACAUGCACCAGUGGGGACAAUAGCUUUGAAUUCAGUUUGAAUGAUUCGAGUUCGACUUCUACAACCGACCCCACAGCUCAAUGGAAAUAAGAUGUUUCGUAUGCUGCGGCACGCAUGUUAAAAAUAAGAUAAAAGCUAGUAUAAGCAUGUAUGUAUUCCAAAUGAUUUGCAUAAUUUAACAUAUGUUAAAGUUUACAAGGGUUUCCCUAAUGAUAUAAAACAUAUAACAUUAGAUAUUUAAAAGGGAUCAAGCACGGCAAAUCACAGUGGAUUGUAUAUAAUGUGAGAGUUUUUAAAAUUUAACUGACAACGGAAGUCUAAACAGCUUCUGAAUGAUAUAAGAAAUGUAAAUUGUAAAAUAUACCAAGUAUUUUUAAACAAAGAUGAUCCUUGUAAUGCGUUUCAUCCCUUGUUUUUUUCAUGUUUAAAAAAUACAAAGUAUUUUCUACGAUUACUAUUUAAACACAUUAAGAAUAAAAACAAAAUUGUUCUAGUUAAAAAGGCAGUAGUGUAUAUCAUUCAAAUGUGAGAUUGAGUUGAACUAUUUUUAUCAACCAUAUUAUGUAAAAAUUCCCGUAAUAAACAUAAAUAAAUGCUAUAGGUUAUAUUAGUGUUAACAA